UCAAACAUGGCGUUAGAUUGUUAAGACUUUUUUUUUUGACAGGGUUAGAUUGUUAAGACUUAACUCCACUACUCUUCCGUUAACUCGCCAAUUGUUGUUGAUGACUUUACCCUUAAUAUAGAUGGCGAAAUGACGUGCAUUGCCCCCAUAUAAACGCUCGCUCCUCAUUAAUAUGCAUGUUAACGAGGAUUUUCUCCAAACUAAUUACCCACAAGCCACAACGGGUUAAAAGAUAAUAAAAAAAAAAGCCAAAAAAAUAAAAAAUAAAAAAUCAGGAUUCAGAAUUUCUCCCUCUCUCUUCCGCACCAACAUCCAAAUUUUGCAAUUUCGCAAAACCCUAAUUCCACUCUACUUUUUCUCUCUCUUUCACUUUCUCUCUCCUCUUCUUCGCAUUCUCACUUUCUCUCUCCUCUGCAAAUCCAUGGCGUCGGAGGCAAGCGCCGGAGCAGGCGGCAAAUUCCGGAAGAAGCCCUUUCGACGAACCCAAGCCACGCCUUACGAUAGGCCGCCGACUGCUUUACGCCCUACUCAGCUCGUCGGUGCUGCCGCUGAAAGAGAGAAUAAUGGUUGGCUUUCGAAGCUUGUCGAUCCAGCUUCACGCCUUAUCACUGCUGGUGCUCACAAGCUUUUUUCUUCCGUCUUUCGGAAACGCCUUCUUCCUCCUCCUCCUCCACCUCCGCAAUCUUCUCAUGAUGAGACGCCAGAGAUAGUGGACGAGCAGCCAGAAACCACGACAAAUGUUGGCCCUUCUGGCAACAAAGAAGCAGUUGCUUCUAAAGGUAAUGAUCCAAGCAGAGUAUCUCGGAGCGGUGAGGUUGCAGAUUUGGAGGAUAUUUUGAAGCAAAAGACCUUUACUAGGUCUGAGAUAGAUCAUCUAACUGCACUAUUGAAGUCAAGAACUGUUGAUAAUCUGGUUGAAAAUGAGAAGGGAAGUUCAGAACCCAACUCUUCAGACGAGAAAGCUUUUCAUAAUAGAUGUGAAAUUCUAACUAAUUAUCCUGCUAAUGAGAAUGGAGCAGAGCGUGUACUCCCUGCAGCCAUCACUACUCCUGUCACGAGAUCAAAGGUACUUGAAGAUGUUGUUGCUUCCCCUGCUGAGCUUGCUAAAGCAUACAUGGGUAGCAGGCCUACGAGAGCAUCUCCAUCAGUGCCGAGAGAGGACUUAUCUGCUUCUUAUAAUCCAUUUUUUCAACCAAAAUCUCCAGCCACAUCUCUUAUUCAAAAGCCUGCCAAUGAGAUUGGAGCUGCUGCUAAUGGUUUUAUGACCCCUAGAUAUAGAGGAAGAUCUGCAAUAUACAGUAUGGCUCGUACACCAUAUUCCAGGCCUCAUCCUACAGAAGUGUUUAAGGUUGCUGCUGAAACUUCUUAUGGUGCCCAUGGUGCGUCAUCAUCAUCUCAUAAUGCAACGGAGAUUCAACAGCUUAGUGGAUCUAACAGACAGGUUCUGAAGCGCAGGAGUUCUGCCUUGGAAAGUGAUAUAGGAUUUGUUGGUCCCAUACGUAGGAUCCGUCAAAAGCCUAAUCUUCUGCACUAUAAAGCCUUGUCUCAGCCUGUUUCUGGUGCUACACAUGUAAAACAAGGAUCUGGGUUUCUUACAGAUGCUACUGAAGUGCCCUCUUCUAUUAAUGGGAGUGCCAACCUCCGUUCAUCAAAAGCACUUGUAGACAAUGACAUGCAUAAUACAAGAUAUAAAAGUGUUCCUCCGCAGUCUAUUGAAACGGCUCGAAAGAUCUUCCAACAGCUUGACAAAUUCUCUUCAAAAGGGAAGUCUCCUGAGAAGAAAUUCGACAUCGUAGGAGGAAGUUCAUCUGGGAAGAUGGCAACUGAUAUGCGAGAUGGAUUGGCUCGUAAGAGCAUGAAUACAGAUUCACUGAAGGUUUUGCAGACUAUUGAAGACAGUAGGAAGGAGAGUGGUUUGGUCGACUCUUCUAAUGCACCUGAUCAGUCACUUCAAAUUUCACAAAGGGUAGAAGGUAGCUUUCACAAGUCUGUUCCCUCUGUUGAGGAAGGUGAAGAGGCUGGAAGACCUACUAAGGCCCUGGAUUUUAAGAAUCCUCGGUCAAAUUAUGACCAUCCGCAGAAAAAACGGGCAUUUCAGAUGAGUGCUCAUGAGGACUAUCUGGAGCUGGAUGAUGAUGUUCAUGCAAAUGGUGUUGCGUCAACUCCAUUUGUUAAAGGAGUGGAAGACCAUGAGUUGGCUAAAAAUUCUGCUUCCAUCUCUGAUAACCCUCAAAGUGUGGCAAUCUCAGCUGGGAGUCCUCUAGCUCCAGAAUUAAAAUCAUCAACAAUUUCAUCGGGCUCAAUAAAAGAGUCCCCAACAGAUGGGUUUGCUGCUGCACAAACAUUUUCUGGCUUUUCUGUUCCUAUUGGAUUUUCAGCAUCAUUAUCAACUAGCACUAGUACACAAGCUGCAGUAAGUUAUCCUCUUUCAACUGCGGAAAUGAACAAUGUUGCUGGACAGACUGAAAAAAUAAAUGAUAUCAUUGCAACAAGCUCAAACUCUGCAUCUGCAAAGGACAUUAAGUCAGAGUUGCCAAGCAGUGCAACUGAAGCAGAUGGACCUGAUACGGUCAAGAAGAACACCCUUCAUUUUGGGGAUGUUUCUAAGAGAAUGGAGGGUGACCCUUCUUCUGUGGCAAACUCAGCCAAAGGUUUAUUUUCCUUUGGAACACAAUCAAAUGGUGCAACACUUAGCAAUGGAUUAUCCAGUACGUUAUCUGGGACAAUGGGUGUGUCAUCUCCCGUUCAAACUUCAAGUAGUUCAAAUGAUCAGGUUACAGUUCCCGUGUCAGUGUCGUCUUCACCAUCGCCAUCACUCUCUGUUUCUAAUGGCAAUGCUGUAUCAACCUUUUCCUCAGUUACUUCGGCAGGAACCAUGUUCAGCUCUGCUACUACUGGGGGCUUGCUAAACUUUGGGAGCAGCAGUAGUCAGUUUUCUACCUCAACAUCUGCUCCAUCAGCUUUUGGUUCCAGUUUCCAAUUCGGAUCUUCUGCAGUUCUGUCUACCUCAGCGUCAGCUUUGGAGUCUAUUGCUGGACCUAAAUCAAGUGAGACUGCUGUUAGCAAUUCAAUUGGUGGCCUGUUUAGUGUAAAACCUGUUGAAACUGCUACUGUAGGGAACACUAUAUCUGAAUUUAAUGCUUCUACUUCCAAGUCUGCCAGUGGCGAGACCCAAACUGCUCCUCCAGCUUUCUUUAGUUCUGCAUCAUCAUCUGCUGUUGCAUUCUCAAGUUCGACACCAAAUUUCUCAAGUCAAUCUGCUUCCUCACCUUCAUCUAAUAUUUUUGGGUUUAGUGCACCUCCUAGUGUUAAUGGUAGUGCUUCUGUAAGCAUUGGUUCUAACCAUUUCACUACUGGCUCAGGGUUCGUAUCUAGUGUUGGUUUCCCUUCAGUGACUGCACCUGUUAGCUCUAGUAGUAAUACAUCAUCCACCAUAUUUGGUUUGCAAUCGUCUAAACCUGCCACCUCUGGUUCUAUGUUUGGCUCAUCAUCUCAAAUUACUGGGUUUAAUUUUGGAUCGACAGCCUCUGGGACUUCCGGAGCUAGUAAUAGCACACUGAUUUUUGGAGCUACUUCCAGCUCCUCUGCGGCUAGUAUCAGCACCCCACUUGUGUUUGGAGCUACCUCCAGUACCUCUGCAGCUAGUAAUAGCAACCCAAAUGUGUUUGUAGCUAUCUCUAGCUCUCCAGCAGCCAACAGUGGAGUGUUUUCAUUUGGGGCUGGUUCAUCCACAGCCUCCGUUUUCUCAGUCCCUUCUGCUGCAGCUUCCACAUCUGCUCUGAGUACAACAUUUUCAUCUCAGCCGGCAUUUGCUAGCUCUACCUCACCAUUUGCAUUUGGUUUGACGCCCCCUGCUGGAAUUAAUGAUCGAAUGAGCAUGGAAGACAGUAUGGCUGAGGAUUCUGUGCAAGUUUCCACACCAGCAGCACCAGUUUUUGGUCAGCCAAUUUCAGCACCAUCAAGCAAUUUUGUGUUCAAUGGAGCAGCAGCUCCAUCUGCAGGAAGCCCAUUUCAAUUUUCCGGCCAGCAGAAUCAAUUUGCUCCCCAGAACACACCAUUUCAGCCCUCUGGUAGUCUAGAAUUUAAUGCUGGUGGGGCUGGGAGCUUUUCAUUAGGUAGUGGUGGUGUGGAUAAAGCAAGCCGUAGAAUUGUGAAAGUAAAAAAAACAAAUACGGAGAAAGUAAAUGUGGCUGUGUCACAAGAAUUUAUGGAACAAAGGUGUCCUGUAUUGGUUUUCUCAUGGAGCAAGAAUGGGCAAUUGGGCAUGACACCAGGCUGCUGGGAUGACUUGGCUUUCGCCUAGGUUUAUCCAUCGUAUAUUUCAGGAAAGGAAGGUUAGUCCUUCCAUUUUAUAAAACUUUUCUUUUUUGGGGAUAGGUUACCAUUUACAAGGCCUUUUUCACAAUUUUGAGUUUUAUUUGGAGCUGGUCGAAGAUUUGUAUUUGUAAUAAUUGUAGUUCAGUAGCUAGCGUAGGAUCAUGUCUUCUGUACCCAUAUUGUGUACCAUAAAGAUUAGAGUCUGGAAUUUAAAUUUUUUUAAAGUUGGAAAAAUACUACAGUGUAUUGUACUUUAGUAGAAUGGUUCUAUAUGUUUAUUCCAUUGGAAAGCUUUCUGUCUCGA